AAAAAAAUGCGCAUGCGCGCUCACUGUUUUUAAAAGAGUUGUGGUAGUCUUACGCGUUCACUGCGGAACUUACCGGGAAAUCACGGUUUUAGUAUCAUUUUGUUGUUUAUUAUCAAUCAGUAAUCAUUGUAAUGGAUUUGGAAACUGGAACAUAUGAGCCUGGAUUCGUGGGGAUCCGGUUUUGUCAAGAAUGUAACAACAUGUUGUACCCAAAAGAAGACAAGGAGAAUCGUAUAUUGCUGUAUGCGUGCAGGAAUUGUGACUACCAGCAAGAAGCAGACAACAGUUGUAUUUAUGUCAAUAAAAUUACCCACGAGGUUGAUGAGUUGACCCAAAUCAUUGCAGACGUAUCUCAGGAUCCAACUUUGCCGAGAACAGAGGACCAUCCCUGCCCAAAAUGUGGCCACAAGGAGGCAGUGUUCUUCCAGUCCCACAGUAUGAAGGCGGAGGAUGCUAUGAGACUGUAUUAUGUCUGCACGGCCCCACACUGUGGACACAGAUGGACAGAAUAAAGCUGUUUGUCUGCCAUUAGAAGGUCUUGUAAUUUUAUAUCUUGUAAAUAUUAUGUUAUUAAUUUUAGGUUUUUUUUUUAAAGCAGCAGUCAUUCCCCUAUGUUUGUGUUAUUAAAAGAAUGAGUU